AUGUUUUUACAAAAACGGGUUAAUUUAAGAAUUAAUCUAAGAAUUAUCAUUAUUUUCAUAAUAUUUCUACCAUUAUCAACAAAAUCCCAAUCUACAGUAAUAGGACCUCUGACAGAAAAUUUUGUUAGUUGGUUGAUAGCAAAUGGGUAUGAACAAGAUGCUUUUGAUAGACCGGAUAUUGGACCAAGUGGAAGUUUUGGUGGAAAGAUUAAUUCAGCACAGCAAAUACAAAAAGAACCAGUUAUCUUUAUUCAUGGCACUGGGGAUGCUGCUUUGCAUACUCAAGGCCCCCAAGCAACCGGUUGGACAAGGUCUAUUCAAUACUUUAUGGAACAGAAUUAUACCUCAGCAGAAUUAUAUGCAACUACAUGGGGGGAUACUUGGGGUACAGGAAAUAUUUUUGAUGGCUAUAACACAAUGCAUACUUGUUCUUAUUUGGUUGAUUUAAGACGUUUUCUAGAGGCUAUACUUGCUUAUACUGGUGCUCCAAAAGUUGAUAUAAUAGCACAUUCAAUGGGGGUUGUUUUGGCUAGAAAAGUAAUUAAGGGAGGUGAAUUAAUUGCUACAGAUGGAAAUUGUUCUUUAGGUCGUCCACUCUCUGAACGGAUCGACACAUUUUUGGGCAGAAUUGCUGGGCCAAAUUAUGGAAUUUGUGUCUGUCAAUUGGCACAAACGGUUCCCGCAUGGUGUAACGCUUUGGAUGGUUUAUAUCCUGGUUAUACAUGUGACGAUCAAUUACUUUGUGGCUAUACAACAUCUCCUUGUGGGGAACAAGUUAAUUAUUCUGCAUUUUUGGAAAAAUUAAAUAGAAACCCAUCAAGAGAAGCUGAUUAUAUUUUUGCAUUUUGGUCGGAUACAGAUGAGAUACUUCUCUACAAAAGUUUGAGUUGGGGAAAACCAACAGCAAGAAUUCCCGGAAUGAAUGGUAGAUGGGUUUCUGACAGGCUUGGACAUAUUGCAAUGAAAGAUUAUACAGAAUUAAGGCAAUUUGAAGCAGUAACCACACAUCGAGUUUAA